AUGCUAAAAAUCAUUCUACCAAUAACUAUACUCCUACCAAUAACCCUCCUAUCCCCAACAAAAUCUAUAUGAACUAACACCACAGCCCACAGUCUUCUAAUCGCUCUAAUUAGCCUACACUGACUAACCCCAUCAUAUUACCCCUCAAAAAACUUAGCCCACUGAACAGCUAUUGAUCAAAUCUCAGCUCCCCUACUAGUUCUCUCCUGCUGGUUCCUCCCCCUUAUAAUCCUAGCCAGCCAAGGCCAUUUACAGCACGAACCCUACGUACGAAAGCAAAUAUUCAUCUCUACCCUAAUUAUUAUUCAACCAUUCAUCAUCCUAGCCUUUUCGGCAACAGAACUCAUACUAUUCUAUAUCUCAUUCGAAGCAACCCUAAUCCCAACCCUAAUCUUAAUUACACGCUGAGGAAAUCAACCCGAACGACUCAGCGCAGGUAUUUAUCUCCUCUUCUAUACUCUAAUUAGCUCCCUACCACUACUGAUCUCUAUCCUCUAUCUCCACUCAAAAAUAGGAACACUCUACCUUCCCAUUCUUAAACUCACCCACCCAAACCCAUCAACCCCAUGAACAAACCUAUUAUCCAGCCUAGCCCUCCUAGUAGCAUUCAUAGUCAAAGCACCCCUAUACGGCCUGCACCUAUGACUACCUAAAGCCCACGUAGAAGCCCCAAUUGCAGGAUCAAUACUACUUGCCGCCUUAUUACUUAAACUAGGAGGAUACGGUAUUAUACGAGUUACCUUACUAGCAGAACCCCUAUCCAACCACCUACACUACCCAUUCCUAACCCUAGCCUUAUGAGGUGCCUUAAUGACUAGCUCCAUCUGCCUACGCCAAACAGACCUAAAAUCCCUCAUUGCUUACUCAUCCGUAAGCCACAUAGGACUAGUAAUCGCCGCAAGCAUAAUCCAAACUCAAUGAUCAUUCUCAGGAGCAAUAAUCCUCAUAAUCUCCCACGGAUUAACAUCCUCCCUCUUAUUCUGCCUAGCAAACACAAACUACGAACGAACACACAGCCGUAUUCUUAUCCUCACGCGAGGCUUACAGCCCCUUCUACCAUUAAUAUCUACAUGAUGACUCUUAGCCAACCUAACUAACAUAGCCCUGCCCCCAACAACUAACCUAAUAGCAGAAUUAACAAUCAUAAUUGCCCUCUUUAACUGAUCCCCCCUCACAAUUAUCCUAACCGGAAUCGCAACACUCUUAACCGCUUGCUACACCCUGUACAUACUACUAACCACCCAACGAGGAACCUUACCAACUCACAUCACAACAACUCCAAAUUCAAAUACACGAGAACAUCUCCUAAUAAUCCUUCAUAUCAUCCCAAUACUAGCCCUCAUUCUUAAACCAGAGCUAAUUUCAGCAACUCCUCUAU